UUAAAAUAAAAACUCAGUUUGUGACUUCAUAAAAACCUUCCAUUUGAAUAGCCAUUUAAUAGCCACAACUAAGUUGUUCUUUUUUUGCUGUUAUAAUAAUAAAGUAUGUUGUAUUUAGUUAGUAUUUGGAUGAAAUACACUAUUUAUAUUGAAAUGCACAACUCCACACACAUUAGCACAGCACCAUAAUUCAUGAUCACAAAAAUAGCAACAGAGCUCAAGCAUGAAACCCAACCCCAAAAAAACUCACAAAACAAUACGCCAGUGUUAACCAUCAAAUUGUGCUUACAUUGGCAUGAAAAGUGAGGCAUUUAUGUGCACUAAUUAUAUGUACAAUAAUCUUUAUUGUUGCAGGAUAACUGUUCCGGUUUCAUCACUCCACUAUUAGAGAGAGAUUACCUCUCGCCAAUGUAUGGUCUGGAAUUUACUAUUGGCUUCAUCGGAAACCUAGUGGUGAUCCUCGGCUAUAUCUUUUGCCUCCCUGCUUGGAAGUCCACAAACGUGUACCUAUUUAACCUGUCUGUGUCUGACCUCAUCUUCCUGUGUACUUUACCUGAGCUGUCCUAUAACUAUGCUCACAACCUGAAGAAGUUCAAUUCUGCACUAUGUGUGGUUAAUCGCUACAUCCUCCAUGUGAACUUGUACUCUAGCAUCCUUUUCAUGAUGUGGGUAAGUGUGGACCGGUUCUUGUUGCUGUGUCACCCACAGCGAGAACACAUCUUGUUGACUCUCAAGGCCGCAUUAUGUAUCACCAUACUAAACUGGAUCUGGGUGAACGCUCAAAUCACUCCCCUCAUCAUCUUCAUUAUCCAGGACUUGGAGCAAAAUGGCUGGACAGUGUGUCGUGAUUUUGCAAGCCUGGGAGUGGCAAAAGUUACUCUGAUUUACAGCAUAGUGCUCACCAUAACUGGAUAUGUGAUGCCCCUGGGGGCUUUGUUUCUAUCAUCACAAAGGAUGGUUUCUGUACUUGUGAAAAGAGAGGAGGUGCUUGGGACAUCCUUCCAAAGGCCAGUAAGAAUUGUGAGAGUUGCAGCAAUCAUGUUUCUGGUGCUCUACACACCCAUCCAUAUAAUGAGGAAUGUGCGUCUUGCAUCACGGCUUUCUGAACUAAAUUUGUCAAAGUGCACCGUAGAUUACAUCAAUGCGGCUUACAUAGUGACACGGCCAAUUGGAUUUGCUCACAGUGCCAUCAACCCUGUGUUUUACUUCCUCAUGACAGACAGCUUUAAAGAAGCACUGCAUGACAAGUGGAGGCAGCUUAAAAGGAUGAUAAUGACUGCAUCAUAAGCAAGUCUGACCUAUCAAGCAAAGACAACACUAAUAACAAUUGACUUUAACUUCCAAAUCUUACUGUUGCUUUCAAAUCAUACUUAAGCAUCAUUCUUACAAAAGAUAUUUAUUUAGUUGGUGAUGAUGAUGACAAUGAGCCACAUCACCCGAAAUCCCCAACAGGUGUUCAGUUGAGUUUAGACCUGUGACUGUGAAAGCCAUAGCAUAUGAUUUGCAUUUUUAUACUCAUUAAACCAUUCAGUGAGCCCAUUUUCCCUGUGGAUGGGGUCAUCCUGGAAGAUACCACUCCCAACAGAAUAGGAAUGUUUAAUCACAUGAUAAAUUUGAUCAAUUGGACAAAUACAUUUUUGAUCAAUUUUAUAUUACAGUAAUGAAUGGAAGACAUUCUAACUUUUAUUAUUGACCUUGAUAGAAAGAUAGAGUGUUACAUCAGAGCAUGUUUCAAACAGAGAAUUUGAAAAAUCUGUGCAGCUGCCAGUCCUUUUGGAUGCAUAUGAUUGGUACAUCUGCUGUUAUGUAGACAAGUUUACAGAGAAAUAGGAUGCUUCAGACAAAAGUUCUUUACCAGUUGUGCAAGCAAAACAUGUUGUUUGCUAUCCGUACAAUUAUUAGUAAAGUACA